CCGUCCAUGCCCGUUAGACUGCUUGUAUACACCGCACCUCUGUGUAUAAGAGAGCAAAACCAAGGCCAGCAGGCGAAAAAAACAGAAGAAAGAAAGGAAAGAAAAUGGCCACUCCAGGGAAGUGCUUCCUCGUCACUGGUCCUCCUGGGAUAGGAAAGACGACGUUGGUGAUGAAGGUGUUGGAGAGUCUGAAAAUCUCAAAUCCUACUCUCAACGUUCAAGGCUUUUACACGCGUGAGAUUAGAGAGGGAAACAAUGAAAGGGUGGGAUUUGAGGUGGUGACGUUAGAUGGUAGAAGGGGACCCCUUGCUUCCACGACUAUUUCCAGUGCAGAGUCUCUCAGAUGGCCAACUGUUGGGAAGUAUAAAGUAGAUGUUGCAUCAUUUGAAUCACUGGCACAGCCCGAGUUGCAGAUUAAAGAAGACACUGAUCUCUUCAUCAUUGAUGAAGUGGGGAAAAUGGAGUUGUACAGUUCAUCGUUUUUCCCUGCUGUUUUGAAAGUUCUAGAAUCCAACAUCCCACUCUUGGCAUCGAUACCUAUUCCAAAAUUCGGCCGUGACAUACCUGGAGUCGCAAGGUUGAGGAAUCAUCCAGGAGCAACUGUAUUCACACUCAAUACAGGGAAUAGAGAUUCAAUCAAAGAAGAGAUUUACACCCAACUGGUUAACUUACUGCAAAAGCACUAAGGUGUUUGGGUGCGCUAUUCAAUUGAAUUCCAAUCCAAGUUCAGCAAAGUGGAAGCAACCAAAAUGUAAGUACCUUAGUAAUAUUGAGGUUUUAAGAUCUGAACUACAAUUUAUUUUCAAAUUGGAACUCGAUAUUUUCAUGAAUACUAAGGAAGGCAAUUGUAAUUUGGCCAUUCCACUUUAUCGAACUUGCUUAUUGCAUUUCAUCUUAGUAGUACAUGCAAAUGUUAUGUUUUCAAUUCAA